GACCCCACCCUCCUGCUCAGUAUGGAUCUCAAGGGCCGCCGGAACCGGUCCCUUAACCGGGGCCGCUGCCCCAAGGACCCCCACUACAACACCUCCUCCCUGGACACGGAUGAGUGUCGCGUGCCCACCCAGAAGUCGUACAGCUCCAGCGAGACGCUCAAGGCCUUCGACCACGAGCAGAGGCUGCACUACGGCGGCUGCGUGACCGACCUCGUGCACCAUGAGGCGGAUGAGUACUCCAGGCAAGGUGUCCUGGAGUUCUCUCCAGUCUUCAUGCGCUACCUCGUCUCAGGUACGACUAGGCUUAGACGUGUCGUGGUGAACCACCGUCUGCAACCCCCCUCCCGAGCAUAUUCCCGUGUGCUUAUCUAUGUUUUUAGAAGUUAAAGACUGUCUCUCUCCUCUUUCAUCCUCGUUGCUGUGAAGUU